AAGCAGACAGCACGUUGGGAGUGGGAAACCUUUUGAAAACAGACCAAAGGGUGAUUUCCUCUUGCGGCCAGAAACUCUCCAAAACAGCAACACUCCUCCUCCUCUUCCUUCUCCUCGACAGCCAUGACAGAGAGACGCAUCCCUUUCACCCUGCUCCGCACCCCGAGCUGGGACCCGUUCCGUGAGUGGUACCAAGGGAGCCGCAUCUUCGACCAGUCUUUCGGCAUGCCCACCCUGCCUGAGGACCUCUCCCCUUUCCCCACAACCCACUGGCCAGGGUACAUCCGGCCGUCUCUCAUGGCCCCGGACUUGAACUCAAUGAUGGCCCAGGCUAUGGUCCCACACACCCCCAUGAUGGCCCACCCUGCCGUCAUGGCCCAGCAGGCUCGUGCCCUGACCCGCCAGAUGAGCAGUGGCAUGUCAGAGGUCAAACAGACCCCAGACAACUGGAAGAUCUCCCUGGAUGUCAACCACUUCUCCCCUGAGGAGCUGGUGGUGAAGACCAAGGACGGUGUGCUAGAGAUCACUGGCAAGCAUGAGGAGAGGAAGGAUGAGCACGGCUUCGUGUCCAGAUGCUUCACCAGGAAAUACACCCUCCCUCCCACCGCCAACAUCGAGAAGGUAACGUCCAGCCUGUCACCUGAGGGCGUCCUGACUGUGGAGGCUCCACUGGCCAAACCAGCCAUCGAGUCCUCGGAGAUCUCCAUCCCCGUCACCAUGGGUGCCAAAACUGAUGUGGCGAAGAAGUAGGAGGAAAAGUGAAGAGUCCCCAUGUUAGCACAUCCACACAAAAUAUACACACUGUCUUCCUCUUACACACACACUCACACACAUACAGUAUAAACGCACUUCAACCCAUUUCAACAGAUGGCUCCAAGAAAGAGAGGGUAAAGAAGCAGCUUAUCGCCUCCUCAGAUGUAAGCUCUCUGUCUAAAGCUGGCUUGUCCAUGUGCCAAGAUCAUUGUGAGAGGAAAGUCAAAGAUUGCCCUCACUCUUCUCUCUUCUCUCUGUCUCUGAUAAUGAGCCAACCUCGGCUGAGCGCACUGUGUAAACACAUCUGCACCACUGCCAUAUGCCUCCUCUUUCUGACACAAUUACACCCUUCAUCUGAAUGGAGAAAAUCUCCAGUUAGACCCGGCCUACAAACUCUCUCACACUAUCUCUCACAAUCACACACACAGACACACACAGACACACACACCUCAUUCCUAUUAAGAGAUUCCCUUUAACCUUUCCACAUCAUCAAGAUGUAAAACACACUGAGGACAACAGCAAGAAGUAGCGACACUGUAAACUAAGGAGCCAAAGUCCCAGGAGAUUCUACACCCAAGCAUCUUCUUUUUGCGACUGCAGAACAGUCCCAGUUGUAAGCCAGAACCCUGUUGUCUCCCACAACUGGCUUUCAUAUGGAUUUGCCUCUGGAAGAAACUGCUCAGUCAUACAAACAGAGAAUAAAGAACAAACAACA